AGGACGUCUGUAAACUACGAAAAAGACCCGGUCCUUGCCGAGGAAACAAUAUACGCUACUACUACGACACGGAAACAGGGCGCUGUGAUCAGUUUAUAUACGGUGGAUGCAGAGGCAACGCGAACAAUUUCCUCACUAUGGAAGAAUGCGAAGCGAAAUGUGGACAUUUGGCGUAGUUUGGUUCUGUCGGCCGUAGAAUGCACUUGA